UAACUAGUGAUUUUUAUAACUAGUUAUUUUCACAACGUUCUGAAGCAAACGUGAUAAUUGUAACGUAAAAUCGUUUGGUUAGGUAGCAGUAUAACUUAAUUCUUCUUCACGCACACGUAUUGUAAAACCAGUGAUUUUGCGUGAGUAGUGAAAGUAGCCAAACAUCGACGCUAUGCCUUAAACAUAAGAGUGAAUUCGAUUUAACUUUAUGGCGUUGUGAUUAAAAGAGUUAUUGAAGACUGAUGCCUAUUUCGAUCGUUUAAAUGGCGUUAUGAAUAUCACUAGUUUUUGUUGUAGUGGAAAACGAGUGAUCACUGUUCGAGCUCGUAACUGCAUAUAUAACCAGUUAUGGUUAAUAACGCCCAUCGCUACGCUCAAUGUAAAGUGUGACGCGAUCUAAAAGAAAAAAAUAGGAAAUUUUGAAGAAAUUCAUGGUGAUUUAUUCCUAUUUAUAAUUUAGAAAACAUUAUUUUUCAUUUUUCAACAUCAUAGCAGAAUGUCUGGGGGUCACAAGCAUCGUUACAAGAACGCAGGUUUAAGCGCAGAUGAGCUUCGACGCCGGCGCGAGGAGGAAGGUGUUCAAUUGCGCAAACAGAAGAGAGAACAACAGUUGUUCAAGCGUAGGAAUGUAAAUCUCCCUGUGGAGAAUGCACCAGAUAUUGCUCUGCAGGAUGAUAUUAACAUCUCACAGUCUGAUGACAUCACUCCAGCAAUGGUGGCUGCUUUGUAUAGCGACAAUCCCCAAGAUAAAGUAGCUGCUACACAAAAGUUCCGAAAAUUGCUGAGCCGAGAACCGAAUCCUCCCAUUGAUGAAGUGAUACAAACGGGAAUAGUUCCUAAAUUUGUUGAAUUUCUAACUGAUAGUAGUAAUCCUACCCUGCAGUUCGAAGCGGCGUGGGCGUUGACGAAUAUUGCAUCAGGCUCGUCGGAGCAGACGCGCAUCGUGGUGGAGUGCGGUGCUGUGGGCGUGCUGGUAGCGUUGCUCGGCGGCGCGGCCAGUGACGAUGUGCGCGAGCAGGCCGUGUGGGCGCUCGGUAACGUAGCCGGGGACUCGCCGCGCUGCCGGGACACGGUGCUGGCUGCUGGGGUGCUGCCGCCGCUCAUUGAGAUUUUAAAUAAAUAUACAAGGUUAUCUAUGACCAGAAAUGCUGUUUGGACACUGUCGAAUUUAUGCAGAGGCAAAAAUCCUCCAACGAACUUUGAAGCUGUAGCCCCAGGUAUCCCGGUGCUAGCGCGGCUACUGCACCACUCGGACGCGGACGUGCUGAGUGACUCUUGUUGGGCACUCUCCUACCUCUCCGACGGGCCGCAUGAGAAGAUCCAAGCUGUGAUCGACGCUGGCGUCUGUAGGCGGCUCGUUGAGUUGCUCAUGCAUAACAAAACGACGGUGGUGUCGGCGGCGCUGCGCGCGGUGGGCAACAUCGUGACGGGCAACGACGCGCAGACGCAGGCCGUGCUCAACUGCAGCCCGCUGGGCAGUCUGCAGGCGCUGCUGCGCUCCAGCAGCGAGGCGCUGCGCAAGGAGGCCUGUUGGACCGUCUCCAACAUCACUGCGGGCAACGCCGCGCAGAUACAGGCGGUUAUAGAUUCCGGCAUAUUCCCGACUUUGAUCGAGAUUUUAAGAGCAGCAGAGUUUAAAACGAGGAAAGAAGCUGCUUGGGCGAUUACGAACGCGACUAGUGGAGGCACGCAUGCUCAAAUCAAGUAUCUAGUCGACUGUGGAUGUAUACCUCCACUCUGUGAUUUGUUGACGUUGACCGACGCGAAGACGGUGCAAGUGGCGCUCAACGGCAUAGACAAUAUAUUGAAGGCUGGCCAGCAGUUGCACCAGAGAGACAACCCUUACGCCGUCGUCAUCGAGGAAUGCUUCGGCGUCGACAAGAUUGAAUUCCUACAAUCGCAUGAGAAUCUAGACAUUUAUCAGAAAUCGUUUGAAAUAAUCGAGAAUUACUUCGGGUCGGAAGAGGAAGAUGGGCGGCUGGCGCCGACGGUGUCUUCGACCACUGACCAAUACCAGUUCGAUACAGACCAAUUCGUGCCUACCAGUCCGGGGGGCUUCCAGUUCUAACCACACGCCCCAUCUGACGUAGAGUUUUUGAUGUCACAGUGUAAUGUGUAACCACAUGACAAGGAUAGAAGAUGUGUUCUAGACACCAAAAGAAAAGGUUCCAAAACUAUAUUAUAUACACUAAAGUGUGAUUACUUAUACUUUGCACCAAUUAUGUAUACUUAGGUGAUUUUAUUUAUAUAUAUAAUGAAUUUAACAAAA